AUGACCUCGAUGUAUGUAUCAAGGGUAUCCAAGAGAAAUCUUUCAAAUCAAUCAACAGCUCAGCUAUCAAAAGCUGUAGCUUUCUUUGCACAAUCCUAUGGUUUAUCUUCAACAUGUACAGCACAUGUACAAUCAAGAAGAGCCUUCACAUCUGGUUCCAAAAUUCAGGUAAAGGGUAGAGAUCUAUUCCCAGAACCUGAACAUGGACAAAUCAAAAAAACAGAACCAGCUUGGCCUCAUCCACCCUAUACCGCCGACCAAAUGCGCAGCAAAGUCUACUUCGCACACCGCAAACCUCGAGACUUCUCAGAUCGUGUCGCCUUGUGUAUGGUGCGUUUCCUGAGAUGGUGUACGGAUUUCGCUACGGGUUAUAAACAUAAUGUGGAAGAACCCAAGAAGGCAUCCGAUAGUAAUGCAGUGGCGGCUACGAAACCUUAUCAAAUGAGUGAACGUAAAUGGUUAAUUCGUUAUGUGUUUUUGGAAUCGGUGGCUGGGGUUCCCGGUAUGGUGGCUGGUAUGUUGAGACAUUUGAGGAGUUUGAGGGGUUUGAAGAGGGAUAAUGGGUGGAUUGAAACUUUGCUUGAAGAAGCAUACAACGAACGCAUGCACCUCCUCACGUUCCUCAAAAUGUACGAACCAGGCAUCUUCAUGCGCACCAUGAUCCUCGGCGCCCAAGGCGUCUUCUUCAACUCCUUCUUCAUCUGCUACCUCCUCUCCCCACGCACCUGCCACCGUUUCGUCGGCUACCUCGAAGAAGAAGCCGUACUCACCUACACGCUCUCCAUCCAAGAUCUCGAAAACGGCCACCUCCCUAAGUGGUCGGACCCCAAUUUCAAAGCCCCAGAUCUGGCAAUCGAGUAUUGGGGUAUGCCGGAGGAUCAGAGAAGUAUGCGCGAUUUAUUGUAUUAUAUUCGUGCGGAUGAGGCGAAACAUCGUGAGGUUAAUCAUACGUUGGGGAAUUUGAGGCAGGAUGUUGAUCCGAAUCCGUUUGUUAGUACGUAUGGGAAGGAGGUGGGAGAGAAGCCCGGGAAGGGCAUUGAGUGUUUGAGGCCGGCGGGGUGGGAGAGAGAUGAGGUUAUUUAG